AUUCAUACUUCUGAAUUCUCGUUUUAGUUGCCUGAAAGAUGUUUAAUAAUUUACCAGGUAGCCCCGUAGUGCAUUUUUGAAUUAAUACCAUGACACUCAUUCGGCAAUAAGACAACGAGGUUUAUUUGACAAGAACAAUUGGAGCAAACAAGGCAUCUUGCAGAGAAAGGUCAAUCGCUAACCCCGGCGCUGCAGUCCACCCACAGUGCCACGCCCAGAAAUGCAUAGAUUAGCAAAAUAAUCAUACUGGUACUCGAUACAUAAUAUCCUGAAAGACUUGGGAAAAUCAUCUUUAACUCUUGUUCUAUCUGAUGAGCAUGUGGUAUUCAUCAAGGCAUGAAGAUUGAGGCUAUUUUCAGCGCUGUUGUCAUAUGAGGUAAGUUUUGAUUGCUUGAUAAUUUUGAUAGGUUUUGAUUAAAUCUACUGUAAAAUGGUAGGCAGAAACUGUUAAGCAGAUGCAGCGACACAAAGCUGUUUCCUAUAUUUUCCUUUCUGCCUUUCCCAAGACUUCCCUACAGCUUAAUCUGCUUUUUGUUCUGAAACUUUCAGACAAAUCUUUUACUGUUUGUGUCUAAAUGUAUCUAUCUAAAGAGACGAAGUAACGGCUGAGGUGACAAAUACUUUUUCAAACAUUUUGUUCCUAGAACGAUGCACAGCUUACUUUCCUUGAUGUUUCUUAUCCAUGGCUGUUUUACUAGACUGUGUCUAUUGGGGCUUUAUGUAUACAGCCUAUGUAAUCAGCCUACUUUGAUAACACAUUGGAUGGGGCUGAUAUGUGAUUAUCUAAAAGGUCAAAUUGCUGCAAAAGAACGAUUAAGCGCUUAUUUAGGCUUACUGUCCGGAUAACCACCACAUUGCGCCCUUGGGCGCUUAUUUCAACAGGGAUGCUUGUUCGGACAUGGGUUAUAUUAAAACAUUUGUGUCUAAUGGUGACCAAUUAUUUGAACUGGGCUCUUGUAAGUUGUGGGCGCUAAUUUAUUUAAUUUUUUAGCAUGUUAAAGAUUAGAUGAAUUGCUCAUCACAGACAUUCUUCAAGCAAACGUUCUAAAUGAUUGCAUCUUCUACCCCCGAAUUAAAUUAGUUUUAAUUCUUUCUUCAGUCCGUCCUGUUGGACAAUUAACAUAUACCUUACAGUGAAUCUUUUUUAAUACUUUAAUAAUCAGAAUCUAAAUAUUUUUCUCCAAACCUAGCCAACAACCAACAAACUUUUUCGUUCAAUAAAUACGUUGACGUAAUACCCAAAGCUCUAAAGUUUUCAAGCAAUUUCUGUGACCGUGAAAAUUUGCAAAGAAAAAAUAAGAAAGUUAGCAGAGACUUACCCUUGUUGCAUAAAAAAAGUCACUGCCAUUUGUAAAAUGUGGCUUUUUUUCUUUUGUAUAGUAGCUUUCAAGCCCUGAUAACAUAUUGUAAGUUUUUUUAUGAAAAUCAUAGCCUGUAAAUCAUCAAUGUCACAGCAUUAAAGUUUUCCGAGAACAUUGCAAAUUGGCAUGGAUGUACCGUCGAUUAUGAGAAUUUUGGCCUUGUUCAAAAUACUGACAAACUCCAAUGGACUAUUUCUUCGCCUCCCUUGCCUGGUGCAUGCAGAUUUCACGAUAUUUGAAGUUGAUUGGUCCCUACAAGGAAGCCUGUUGGCAACAAUACAAGGUAUCCAUGAUGCAGACUGCACGUUGGAAUGUGUAAAGCAUCCUAAAUGCAAAUCAUACAAUAUACAGAAUGUCACUGCAGUUUGUGAGCUGAACAGUAAGAUUGCUGGUGAAAAUGGAAGUAGUCUUGUUCAAAGACCUGGCUGGGUUUACAAGUCAACAGAUUACAACCAGACAGAGGUUGGAGAAACCUGCCAGAAGCUUCAUCCAUGCCCGCGUGGCAUUCUUUGCAAAGAAACAUGUCACCAUCCUUACUACGAAUGCGUCCAUUGCGAUAGUCAACACUAUGGGUUAUAUUGUGACAAUCUCAAAGAACUGGACAACUGCAAAAGUUUUCCUUGUAAAAACGGUGGGAACUGCAGAAGUGUUGGGCCAACUUUCAAAUGUGAGUGUUUUCCUGGCUAUAAAGAAAAGACAUGCGAGAUUGAUAUUGAUGAAUGCAACUCCCUUCCAUGCUUUAAUAGUGCAACCUGUCAAGAUUUGAUAAACGAUUUUCAAUGCACAUGCGUACCUGGCUACACAGGAAGACAUUGUGAGACAAACAUCGAUGAAUGUGCUAGUGUUCCUUGCAAAAAUGGAGCUACUUGUAUUGACAGAGUCAAUGGAUAUUUAUGUCAAUGUGCACCUGGAUACGAAGGAGCCUUUUGUGCAAUAAAUAUCGACGAAUGCAUGAGCAGUCCAUGUCAAAAUGGUGGAACAUGCCAUGACGAAAUAAACAGAUUCCGUUGCCAGUGUUCUCCUGGAUAUACCGGCGCUCUCUGCUCUACAGAAAUCAACGAAUGUGAUAGCAAUCCUUGUCAAAACGGAGGGAAGUGCAGCGACCAUCUAAAUUAUUUCUCCUGCCAAUGCAUUCCCGGAUUUACAGGAACAGCAUGUGAAAUAAAUAUCAAUGAAUGCCAAAGUAGCCCUUGCCUCAACGGAGGAACAUGUAUUGAUAAAAUCAACAAAUACAGCUGCCAAUGUGCUCCUGGAUUCUAUGGAGCAAAAUGUGGUGCAGAGAUAAAUGAAUGUCAAAGCAGCCCAUGCCAAAAUGGAGGGACAUGCAAUGAUGAAGUAAAUAGAUAUUCAUGCCGAUGUUCGACAGGCUAUACUGGCUAUAACUGUGGACGAGAAAUCAACGAAUGUGCUAGCUACCCGUGUCUGAAUAGAGGGGUAUGCACUGAUCACUUCAACAGAUAUACCUGUCAAUGCAGACCUGGCUUCACUGGAGUUCGCUGCCAAAAAGAUAUUGACGAAUGUGCAAGUCAUCCUUGUCAAAACGGAGGAACAUGUCAUGACUUGGCUAAUUACUUCAUAUGCACAUGCCCAUUUGGAUACUAUGGGUCAACAUGCUCCUUACUUUCAACGGCUCGAAGCCGAAGAUGGAGAGGCAGAAGAACAAGAAGAGGAGCAAAGUAACUGCUUUGCGUUGUGAACUUUCCAAAAAUGAAUUGCUUAUUGCAAAUAAAUAUUCAACAGCGAAACUAAGAAACCUCAAAUAAAAUGUGGCCAUUAAUCUUAAUUGCUGUACGAUAGGAUUGCACUAGGCAGGGCCGCCGAGAAGGGGGCAAGGGGGAAGUUCUCCCAGGGCCUUGAGGUAUAGAGGGAAUCAUGAAGUAGUGAAUCUUUUUUUUAAAAUGGAAUCGAUUGAAAGUAAAGAAAAAUUGUGCCUGAAGAAGUAAGAUAUUUUAUUCGAAUUAAUGAAUUUGAGCUAAUGUGAAGGGCGUGCUUGCAGAAAUUUUUAGGGGGCCUCGUUUUCAAGUUUUGCCGUCAGUCAAGUCAGGGUCUCCGAAACAUCUCGGUAGCCCUGACAAUUGUAUGUAUCACCUACUUUAAAAUCAGACAGUCAUUUUGACUUUUAUCCUAAUUAGUGAAUCUUUGACACCAAGCAAUGAUGAUCGCUCAACUUAUGACUUUGAAUAUGGUAGAUAAAAAUGAAAACUUUUAUUUCCUUUUUACACGAUACCAUUAAAUAGAAUAUAUGCAUAAAAAACUUUGUUGAAUGGUCAACAUAUCAACUGGAAGAAGGUACUUGCUUUUAUUAAUCUACUUCAAGUUAAUGCAUGAUCUUGCAAUACGAUUCUUCAUACCGAUCAAUGUUUAUUAUUUGUUAAUGUUAAUCAUGCAUAAAAAUUUUACAGCAUACCAUUGUUAAAUAGGACUGCCAGAGGACCUGAAAAAUAUGUCUUUUACUUGGCCAAUGUCCUGUUAAGCGAAUGUCCAAAGUUGAUAAUGGACGUCCGCGGGACCGGAAAUAUCUCCCCCACUCAACAAAAGUACCACAUAACAAGUCCCACUUCUUCAGGGUCUCGCUUAUCGAGAGUACACUGUACUAUCAAGUCUAGAUUAAACUUUAGUUACGCUACACUGUACGAACACACGAAGCAAAUUUGUUGUUGAGAUGUGAGAGGCAGUUUGAUCAACUGUUGGCUUACCUGUUGCCCCCAAAAGUUGGUCCAAUGUAGAUAAAUCUAGCUUUUCUUAAUUUCAAAAUUAAUGUAUAUAUUGUGCAAAUACAGGUCUUAUUGUGACCAACAAUGCUAUAGAUCAUCAACUCUUCUUUUUCGAGUUGUUGUAUAUAAUGUGCACAUUCAAGAGCAAGCUUACUUUACAAAAAUAUUAAGAAAUAUUGAAGUCGUAAUAUCUAGAGAAAUAGUUGGGAAUAGCAAUGGAAUGUUUAGAGAGGAAAAUGUGCAUAUUCAACCCUAUGUAAAUUAAAUAUAUGCAAUUUUUUAAUUCACCGUCAUAACAAAGCAUCUCAUAUGAAAUUAACAAAGAAUAAGAUAAGCAAAAGAAGAUUAACUAGAAUUUUAUCACAAAAGGGAUGGCAGUGCGUUUUUGAUGUAUAAGAAUGCUGAAUAUUAACUCAAAAGGAACAUUUUGACAAAAGAAAUAGAUGUCAAAGAAGCUUUCCUGCAGUUUGAAAGAAGAAGGAAAAGGGACGUUGAAAUAAAACGCUUAUCAUUACAAAAAAAAGUGAGAAUCUAAGUUUGUUACGACCAGGAGCUAAAGUUUAUACCGUAGACAACAGAAAAACUAGAGAGAAAUGGCGAUGUGCAUGAAAUUUAUGAUCUUUCAGCAAAUAAGUUUAUGCAUAAGCAUUGCAUUUUGCUGAAUUCUGGGAUAGGGAUUUUAAGCUGAAGAAACUUAAGAUUAAGUUUAAGAAACUAAUUUUGAAAAUAGCCCGAAAGAGCGGACACUCUAUAUUAUACUUAUGCAAUUUUCGUCCGAAAAAGUUAUACCUAAAAUCUAUUAGGCACGGUGCCACUGAGGGGCUGGGAGAGGGGUCUGAGGCCGAUGAAAAUUUGUUGACCGGCUCUUUUAUUUUUUUUGAAAAUAGGUUAUAUAAUAGAAUAAGAACAAAAACUGUUUAUUAAAUUGAUAAUUAAGUAAUUUAUUUUCAGGCUUGGAGAUGCAUUUUUAUCCAUUCUAGAAGGCUUAACUUCAAAUUUUUCUUGCGUGUUGGACCAAAACCCGGUAGGUCCACUAUGUCUCUAAACUUGAUUUUUAGCCCCCUAGGUUAAAUUUCGUGGCACCGUCUCUGUUUAUAUUCAGGUGCGGAUCGAGAUUAACACGAGAAAGCGGAAGGCCCCAUUUGAUUCUUUGUUUUGGACCAAUCACAACCGCUUCUCACAUAGGAAGAUUCCAAGAGAGAAAACAAAUUUCUGUGUCAGCAAGAGUCGGAAUCCCUUGUUUUGUUGUAAACAGAUUCCAAAACUCCUAAAUGAAAAGACUAAAAUUGAAUCCUUUUUUUCAUUUGAGCACAAGAAUUUAGAAUAACAGGAAAAUCCACCAGCAUUUACCAGGUAAAUGGAUACUGAAGCAUUGCAUGAUAUUGAAGCAUAGUUUAUACUGAAGCAUUAAUAACAACUAAUGUAAAAACAUGCUUGUCAAUAUUUGUAAGAACAAGUGGUUCCAGUUUCAGCAUAGUGUUUCUUAUUUUUUUCGCAUAAAUGUUUUUUUUCCCCAAUUUUUAACUAUUUUUAAUGGAAUUUCCUGUGCAUAGUAGCGUCCGGAAAAAUGCUCGAUUUAGUAAUUAAUGCUAUUUUGCAUAUUGAUUUCUGUUUAUAUCUUGCUUUAUUUUCUUUCUUCAAUUUUUGCUAGUUAUUUAUCUCUUGAGUUUUGUUGAAUUUCGGCCUGCCUUGUUUCUUAUGUUGUUCUUAUUUUUUGAGCAAAUCUCAGCCUGAUCUUUCGCAUAAAGGGCUGGUCUUAUAAAAAAGCGUGUAAAUGUUUCGCCAGGAUUUAAUCGCAUUUAGUUGUACAUAAAAUGUACAAAAUGAAAAAUAGGGUUCAAUAUCAGACAUCUAAACGAAGCAGACAUUUAUUGAAAAUUCUUUUGAAUGUUGAUAGAGAUCACAGCAUAAAAGACAAGUGGGUUCAAGAACAGUGCAGAGAUAUAGAUCCAAAUAUGUCCGUGUACUAAAAACUCUUCAAACAAUAUACUAGUUGAUAUACACAUUAAUACAAUACUUAAGCUUGAGUAACAAUGAACAUGUUUUCAAAGAACCCUUUCGAGAUAUUCCUAAGCUUGCUGUCUGUGUUUUCCCCAAAUUUUUCAGAAUGAUAUGACACUUUUAAAGUGGAGGAAAAUUUUCCCAGGAGAAAAUGUGUUUCAACUAAAGCUUUUUCUCUCAAUUAUCUGUCACGCUAAUUAUAAACAAGCAGGGCCUUUUUUUCAUACUGAAUAGGGGACAAUUGCCGCUGCAGCCCAAGUGACUUGCAAUUGCUUUAAACAAUAAGCAAUGGUCCUCUUCUUCAUAUAAACAGAGAAUAUUGUCAUUUGAGCCGAGGUGAAUCCAUAUUGAUUUGUGAACAACUUUUUUCAAAGUUAACGAGUAAAAAGUGGAAAGUAAAAGCAUAAUGAAAGUAUCUAGCAAAUAAUAGCUGAGGAAAGGGUAGCGGAUUAGGGCGAGCGUGGCACUGACGUGGAAAGUCACAUAUUGAUGUGACUGUGACUUACAGUAGGGAUGGUGCCCUUUUAUCAUCUGUGAAUCAAUGCUGCAAACAUGUUGCACGGUGAUGGAAAUGUUGGAUUAAAUGUUGGGUGAAAUGUUGGAUGCGUUUGACCACCCGCUUAAAAAUAGCAACGAAUUUUCUAAUUUUUUGGGAAUAAUUGUUGGAUGGAAGCCCCGGUCAAACCCAUCCAACAUUUCAUACAACAUGCAGAAAACCAAUGUUGGAGGAAAUGUUGGAUGCGUUUGACCACCCAUGUUGGGUCACCCAACAUUUGCAAACUGAUGUUGGAUGAAGUUUGAUCACGGUCAAAAACAAAUUUUGAUUUUCCAUGUUGGAUGUAAUGUUGGAUGCGUUUGACCACCUAUGUUGGGUCACCCAACAUUUGCAAACUGAUGUUGGAUGAAGUUUGAUCACGGUAAAGAACAAAUUUUGUUUUUCAAUGUUGGAGGAAACGUUGGAUGCGUUUGACCACCCAUGUUGGGUCACCCAACAUUUGCAAACUGAUGUUGGGUGAAGUUUGAUCACGGUCAAAAACAAAUUUUGAUUUUCCAUGUUGGAGGAAACGUUGGAUGCGUUUGACCACCCAUGUUGGGUCACCCAACAUUUGCAAACUGAUGUUGGAUGAAGUUUGAUCACGGUAAAGAACAAAUUUUGUUUUUCAAUGUUGGAGGAAACGUUGGAUGCGUUUGACCACCCAUGCUGGGUCACCCAACAUUUGCAAACUGAUGUUGGAUGAAGUUUGAUCACGGUAAAGAACAAAUUUUGUUUUUCAAUGUUGGAGGAAACGUUGGAUGCGUUUGACCACCCAUGUUGGGUCACCCAACAUUUGCAAACUGAUGUUGGAUGAAGUUUGAUCACGGUCAAAAACAAAUUUUGUUUUUCAAUGUUGGAGGAAACGUUGGAUGCGUUUGACCACCCAUGUUGGGUCACCCAACAUUUGCAAACUGAUGUUGGAUGAAGUUUGAUCACGGUAAAGAACAA